UUGUGUGCACUACUCAACUUAUACCAGAUCGAUUCAAGCAUUCAAAACCUCUCUAUGUUCGCCAUGAACAUACCAAAGGAGCUAAGACUUUGGCUAAUUUGUACAGUGUUGCUCUUUCAUACUCAGAGACAUUCAGUCUAUGCGCAAGGUGGUGGUGUCAUCGGUGGCGCGGGUAUUUUGGCUCAGAGAGCUGCGUUUUGUUUCAACAGUAACCUCCUCUACAGAGGGUGUAACGAGGCGUUCAGACUAAACCAAGGAGGUGAAUUCAAGGUUCCACCUGAGGAAACAGACAGGUUCUGCAACGGCCCUUGUGCUGCAGAGACAGAACUCGUGCUUGAGUGCAUUAACAGCGUCAUGUCUGAUUUCGUGUUUUACAAUCGGGCCACACCGAGAGAUAUCAGGAACACCCUUCGUGGUGGCUGCAGCAACUCUUUCACAAGAGGAAACUUCAACGUGGGAAAUUAUGCUCAAGGACUCUUUUUUGGCAAGGCCGAGAAGAAGCUGCCUUGUUUUUUCAUUGGACUAGUUCUAGGUCUGGCACCCUUGAUCCUGUGAAGCCUUCUUUUGUCAAUCACUGGACUAUACACGAGCAUGUAUGGAAAUGAGAUUCCAUCUCAUUUCCAGUUAGGCGAGUGACUGGUUAUACAAACCUAUUUGAAUCGUCCAAAUUUAUAUCUUAUCAUUAUUUGUUUAAGUGUUUA